GCCUCUCCUUCCUUGGCGGCUUUCUCAGCGCGAGCCACAGCGCGCGGGACGAGCCAGCGAGCGGGCGCGGGUGGCGGUGUAGUCUCAGCCUCCCUUGGCGGCCGGGAGCCAGUGCGCGUGCGCGGCGGCGGCCUCCGCGGCGAUCCGGGAGCGGGCGAGCGGUGCGGGGCGCGAGGCGAGACCGAGCCGUAGCGACAUGGGGGACCGCGAGCAGCUGCUGCAGCGGGCGCGGCUGGCCGAGCAGGCAGAGCGCUACGACGACAUGGCCUCCGCUAUGAAGGCGGUGACGGAGCUCAAUGAACCUCUGUCCAAUGAAGAUCGCAAUCUCCUCUCUGUGGCCUACAAGAAUGUGGUUGGUGCCAGGCGAUCUUCCUGGAGGGUGAUCAGCAGCAUUGAGCAGAAAACCAUGGCUGACGGAAAUGAAAAGAAAUUGGAGAAGGUUAAAGCUUAUCGGGAGAAGAUUGAGAAGGAGCUGGAGACAGUUUGCAAUGAUGUCCUGGCUCUGCUCGACAAGUUCCUCAUCAAGAACUGUAAUGAUUUCCAAUAUGAGAGCAAGGUGUUUUACCUGAAAAUGAAAGGCGAUUACUUCCGCUACUUGGCAGAGGUAGCUUCCGGGGAGAAGAAAAACAGUGUGGUCGAAGCUUCUGAGGCCGCUUACAAGGAAGCCUUUGAAAUCAGCAAAGAGCACAUGCAGCCAACACAUCCCAUUCGGCUGGGUCUGGCCCUCAACUUCUCUGUGUUCUACUAUGAGAUCCAGAAUGCACCUGAGCAGGCCUGCCUCUUAGCCAAACAAGCCUUCGAUGAUGCCAUAGCUGAGCUGGACACACUAAACGAGGAUUCCUACAAGGACUCCACGCUCAUCAUGCAAUUGCUGCGAGACAACCUCACCCUCUGGACGAGCGACCAGCAGGAUGAAGAAGCGGGAGAAGGCAACUGAAGAUCUUUCGGGUCCCGGGCCCCUCCUUUACCCACCACCCCCCUCAUCACUGAUUCUUCCUUGCCACAAUCACUAAAUAUCUAGUGCUAAACCUAUCUGUAUUGGCAGCACAGCUACUCAGAUCUGCUCCCCUGUCCCUUGGGAAGCAGUUUCAGAUAAAUCUUCAUGGGCAUUGCUGGAUUGAUGGUUGCUUUGAGCCCACAGGAGCUCCCUUUUUGAAUUGUGCUGACAAGUGCGUUCUGAAUGAGGCAUUUUACUGUGCCUACUAUCUAUCGAAAUCCAGGCGGAAGUAAUGGGGAAGUUUAGAAAGGAGAAUCAGCCAACACAGGCUUACAGUUGAUAUUUAAACAAUCCAUUUAAAACAAGCUGAUAGUGUUUUGUUAAGCAGUACAUCUUGUGCAUGCAAAAAUGAAUUUACCCCUCCCACCUCUUUCUUCAGCUAAUGGAAAACUGUUAAGGGAAGCUGAUACAAAGAGACAACUUGCUCCUUUCCAUCAGCUUUAUAAUAAACUGUUUAACGUGAGGUUUCAGUAGAGGUUUCAGUAGCGCCUUGUUUUGCCUCUUUAAAUUAUGACGUGCACAGACCUUUUCAAUGCAAUGCAUCUAAAGUUUUGAUACUUGUAACUUUUUUUUUUUUUUUUUUUUUUGGGUUGUGAUUGUUUAAGAAUCAUGGAUUUAUUUUUUUGUAACUCUUUGGCUAUUGUCCUUGUGUAUCCUGACAGCGCCAUGUGUGUCCACCCAUGUCAAUCAAAGAUGGGUGAUUAUGAAAUGCCAGACUCCUAAAUUAAAUGUUUUGGAAUUUAAUGGGUAAAUAAAUGCUGCUUAGGGGAUAUUA